CUGAGCUCCGAAUAGGUACAUAAUGCUGGUCGGUGAAGUUGUCGAGCAAUUCACAAGUCAUUCUUCAGCGUUUUAUAAGGACAGCACAUAUUUUUUGUACACUUGGACUUUGAACAAUGGCCGUUUUAAAAUAAUAAAGUCACCGGACACCGGAUGAUAUCAUAUGAUUAAUAAAUCAACUCUGGUCUGUGUAAUGCUUCAUGUCAGUCCGUCGGAUGCGCAAAAUUAUAUUUCCUGAAACUGAGAACUGUUUGACUGACAUUGGAAGAAGACCUGCAGUAACGUACCACGAAGUGGGCGGCCAUGCAUCCCGAUGUGCUGGAGUCUGUCGGUCGGGUGGAGGGCCUGUCCCUGUCCUCCCCCCAGACCCCGCCCGAACCCGAGGAAGAGGAGGUCGAGGCGGAGAUGAUGAGGGCCGUGAAGAGGAAGGGCCGCUAUCGGAAAAGCCUGCAGCUGCUCAAACCCUUCAGGGUCACGCACAAGCACCAGCACCCGGUGGACAAUGCAGGUCUCUUCUCCUUCAUGACCCUCCAUUGGCUCACCCCUCUGGCUCUCAGGGCCUACCGAACAUCCGGCCUGAGCAUGGAGGACGUCUGGGGCCUGUCCUGCCACGAGGCCUCUGAGACCAACUGCCAAAGGCUGGAGACACUGUGGCACGAGGAGCUGAAGGCUCGGGGAAAGGAGAAGGCCUCCCUGGCCCGUGUGUGCUGGAGGUUCUGUCAGACCCGAAUGCUGGUGGCCAUCUUCUCCCUGCUCAUCACCAUGGUAGCAGGUUUCAUCGGGCCUGCGCUCCUCGUUCGGGCUCUGCUGGAGUACUCUCAGAGCCCGGAGCCCCGGGUGUUGUUCGGGCUGUCUCUGGUGGGCGGGGUGUUCCUGAUGGAGCUGGCCCGCUCCUGGUCGCUGGCCCUGGUUUGGGCCGUCAACUACCGCACCGCCGUCCGGCUGCGGGGGGCUACGCUCACCUUCGCCUUCCAGAAGAUCCUCCGCCUCCGCAGCACCAAAGACAUCAGCGCCGGAGAGCUGGUGAACAUGUGCUCCAGUGAUGGCCAGAGGAUCUUCGAGGCGACCACGAUGGGGUGUCUGCUGGCUGGGGGACCACUGGUGGCCAUCCUCGGGUUGUCCUACACCUGCACUUUCCUGGGCCCCACCGCGCUGGUGGGGUCGGCCAUUUUCAUCUUCUUCUACCCCUCCAUGACGCUCGCUUCCCGUCUGACCGCCUACUUUAGGAAGAAGUGUUUGCUGGUGUCGGACCGGCGGGUGCGGCUCAUGAACGAAAUCCUGAGUUCCAUCAAGGCCAUCAAGAUGUACUGCUGGGAGUCCGCUUUCGCCCACAACAUCCACCAGAUCCGGUCGAAGGAGCGGAAGAUUCUGGAGCAGGCGGGCUCAGUGCAGAGCCUGACAGUGGGCGUGGCCCCCAUCGUGGUGGUGAUCGCCAGCGUGUGCACCUUUACUCUGCACAUGGCUUUGGGCUACGACCUGACAGCGGCUGAGGCCUUCACUGUCGUCGCUGUCUUCAACUCCAUGACCUUUGCCCUCAAGGUCACGCCCUUAGCAGUACGCUCUCUGUCAGAAGGCUCGGUGGCAGUGAAGCGAUUUCAGCGUCUCUUCCUGAUGGAAGAACGGGAGCUGGUGACGGCUAAAAUGGAGGACCCCGGGAAUGCGGUGGAGUUCCUGGAUGCCACGCUGGCCUGGGAGAGGGCCCGGGGCCCUACUGGGACGGGGACGGGGACGGGGGCUGGCCGGGGCAGGACGUCCCAGAGGCCCAAAAAGGGGGAAGGAAUGAGGAGGUUCCUGCGCAGGGAGAAACUGAGCCUGUACAUCACCCCGGAGGAGGGCAAAGGAGGCGGGGAGGCGCAGAACGACCAGCACCUCCUCACCCACAUGGAGCAGGAGAGCCCCCAGAGCACCGUCUCCUCCACCAAGAGCAUCCGCCCCCCGCUGCACAAGACCCUGCAUCGCAUCCGGCUCCGCGUCAGAAAGGGGGCGCUGCUGGGGAUUUGCGGGGGAGUGGGAAGCGGAAAGAGCUCUCUGCUCUCCGCUCUGCUGGGGCAGAUGACCCUGUUGGAGGGCUCGGUGGCGGUAAGCGGAGGUUUUGCGUACGUCCCUCAGCAGGCCUGGAUCCUCAACGACUCCCUGAGAGAGAACAUCCUGUUUGGCAAGGCCUACGACAUGGAAAAGUAUAAUGCUGUCCUCCAGGCCUGCUGUCUAAACCCUGAUAUUUCUGACCUGCCCUACGGUGACAUGACAGAGAUCGGGGAGAGGGGGUCGAGUCUGAGCGGGGGCCAGAGGCAGCGGGUCAGCCUGGCGCGGGCCCUGUACAGCGAGCGGCCCGUCCUGCUGCUGGACGACCCCCUGAGCGCCGUGGACACGCGCGUGGGAGCGGAGCUGUUCUACAGCGCCAUCCGCAGGACGGCCAGGAGCCGCACCGUGCUGUUCGUCACCCACCAGCUGCAGUACCUGGCGGAGUGUGACGAGGUGCUGCUGAUGAAGGACGGGCAGGUCGUGGAGCACGGCACCCACGCCCAGCUGAUGGAGCGGGAGCGCGACUACGCCGCCCUCUACAACAGCGUGCAGCAGGAGAACAUAGUCAGGAAUAAUCUGAAGAACAAGCAGACAGCGGGAGAGGAGGAGGUGGAGCAGUCCUCCACCGUCAGCAAGGUGCCGGGUCGUCCAGUCGACAGCAAUAAAGGAGGUCAGCUGAUGAAAGCGGAGGAGAAGGGGUCAGGAGCCGUGGCCUGGUCCGUGUACGGGGCCUACAUCCGGGCGGCCGGGGGCCCGCCGGCCUUCAUCGCCAACCUCCUCCUCUUCCUCUGCACGACGGGCAGCAUCGCAUUCUGCAACUGGUGGCUGAGCUACUGGAUCAGGCAGGGCAGCGGGACGUAUCUUUCCCAGAAUGCAUCAUCGGUCCUUCAGAACGAGACGGCGCUGGCCGACAGCAUGAGGCUGAACCCUGACCUCCAGUACUACUCAAUGGUGUACGCGCUGUCCAUGGGGGCGGCGCUGCUUCUGAAGACCACGCGUGGGCUUGUGUUUGUGAAGUGCACUCUCCGUGCCGCCUCAGCUCUCCACGACAAGCUGUUCCAGAAAGUUCUCCACAGCCCCAUGGCCUUCUUCGACACCACACCCCUGGGCCGCAUCCUCAACCGCUUCUCCCGUGACAUAGACGAGGUGGAUGUACGUCUGGCCAUGCAGUCAGAGAUGCUCCUGCAGAACUUGACGCUGGUCUUCUUCUGCAUGGGCAUGGUCGCCAUUGUCUUCCCAUGGUUCCUGCUGUCUGCCCUGCCCCUGGGAGUCUUCCUCUUCCUGGUUAACCGCGUCUCCAGGGCUCUGAUCCGCGAACUGAAACGGCUGGAGAAUAUCACACAGUCACCUUUCACCUCGCACAUUACCAGCAGCCUGCAGGGCCUCUCUACCAUCCACGCCUAUGGCAGGGGCCCGGACUUCCUGCGCAGGUACCAGGCUCUGUUGGACACCAACCAGGCCUCGUACUACCUCUUCAGCUGCUCCAUGCGCUGGCUCGCCGUGAGACUGGACCUCAUCAGCAUCAUCCUCAUAACCACCACGGCCCUGCUCAUCGUCCUCAUGCACGGCCAGAUCCCCCCGGCCUACGCUGGGCUCGCCAUCUCCUACGCCAUCCAGCUGACCGGGCUGUUCCAGUUCACCGUGCGGCUCCUCGCCGAGACCGAGGCGCGCUUCACCUCGGUGGAGCGGAUCAAUCAUUACAUAAAGACUCUGGAGAACGAGGCCCCCCGGCACGUAACCGGCCCGUCCUCUCUUGACCCCUGCUGGCCACAGGCGGGACACAUAUGCUUCCGCGACGUGGAGAUGCGAUACCGCGAAGACUUGCCGCUGGUUCUCAAGAAGCUGUCCUUCGAAAUCCAGGCGGAGACGAGUGUGGGCAUCGUGGGUCGCACUGGGUCGGGGAAAUCCUCGCUCUGCGUUGCCCUCUUCAGGCUGGUGGAGUUGGUGGGUGGCUCCAUCACCAUAGAUGGUGUCAAUAUUGGCCAGAUUGGCCUGGAGGACCUGAGGAGCAAGCUGUCAAUCAUCCCACAGGAACCAGUGCUCUUCAUUGGCACAAUCAGGUCCAAUUUGGACCCGUGGGGCAAGUACUCAGAGGAGGAGAUCUGGGAUGCCUUAGAGAGGACUCAUAUUAAAGACAUGGUCAGCCUGCUGCCCCACUCCCUGGACUCGGAGGUGACGGAGAACGGAGAGAACUUCUCCGUGGGGGAGAGACAGUUGCUGUGCGUGGCCCGGGCUCUGCUGAGGCACUGUAAAAUCCUGCUGCUAGACGAGGCGACUGCAGCCAUCGACACAGAGACGGACCGCCUGAUCCAGAAGACCGUCCGUCUGUCCUUCGCCGGAUGCACCACCCUCAUCAUUGCUCACCGCCUCAACACCGUGCUGAGCUGUAACAGGGUCAUGGUGCUGGACCAAGGGGAGAUUGUAGAGUUCGACACCCCCUCCACCCUGCUGGCCAAUGAGAACUCCCGAUUCCACAGCAUGGUAACGGCGGCGGAACUGCAGGUCAAUGGCAGAGACCUAAGCUGAAGAGGGGGGGGCGACGAAUCACAGUCACCCGUGUGCCACGCCCGCAUCACCGCGGACCAAUCGGCAGAAAGCAGAUGUUUUCUGGUGGAUCUGGCGUUACGAUUUUCUUUGAUUUGCAACAUGAAGAUACUUUUAAAUGCUGCUGAUUAUUUAGGCUCUAGAGCGUGAUAAUCACCUGGUGACCAGUGACUGCAAACCAAGGGAGGCAUCAGGAACCGGGGGCCCAUAUGA